AAGCUGCUUUAGUACUGAAAGGGAACUGCUUCAGUUUGCAAUACAUUAACAAAUACGUUGAGUCGGCUCUUGCAUGUCCUUUUUCCUGAAGGAAAGGUGGAGGCUGCUCUCAGCCUUUCAGCUUUUGCCAUGUGCCCACCCCGAGGUUGUGAGACAGUGAUGGGGGUUUGGGGUGGCACCUACACCCACGGUCCAAGUUUCAGCAGAGGGACAAAGUAGAAAAUGAGCAAUGUCGCAAAAUUUAAAAUGCAGUCUUUUUAUUUUUUGUGACUGCAGUUUUUCUGAAUGCGUGUUAGCACUCGAUCUCUGUUGUGCCUGUGCGUGUUAAUGUCCGACCCGCCCGUGCGGCCCAGCGGCACCGCCGGGCCGCGGCCGCCCCCCCGCGUUGCCAAGGCAGCGGCGGCGGGAGCGGCUCCGGGCCGCCAUGAGCAGGAAGGGGAGAAAGCUCCUGGUGGACUCGCUGACCCGAUCCGCCAAGCACUUUACCAAAAGCGAAGUGGAAUGUCUGAUCAAGCUCUUCGACACGCUGGUGGCCAAGGCCAGCAGCCAGUUUGCUGGGGCCGGCUUCGACCGCACCGUGUUCCGAGACACGCUGUACAACGCCUUUGGCAUGACGGAUGACGUGGUGCUGGACCGAGUGUUCAGCACUUUUGAUAGAGACAACACUGGCUGCAUCACUGUGGAGGAAUGGGUGGAAGGCUUAGCAGUGUUACUUCGAGGGACACUGGAAGAGAAGAUGAAAUACUGUUUUGCCAUUUAUGACCUGAAUGGUGAUGGAUACAUUUCGAAAGAGGAAAUGUUUCAAAUGCUGAAACACAGCCUUCUCAUACAACCAGCAGAUGAAGAGCCUGAUGAGGGAGUUAAGGACUUGGUAGAGAUAGCACUGAAGAAAAUGGACUAUGAUCAUGAUGGCAAACUUUCUUUUACGGACUUUGAAAAAGCAGUCAGAGAUGAAAACCUUCUCUUAGAAGCCUUUGGACCAUGUUUGCCAGACAUAAAGAGCAGUAUGUCAUUUGAACAGAAAAUUUUCCGGGAGACUCCUAAAUAGUAACUCCAAGAUGUAACUCCACUGCUGAAUACUGUUAAAAGGGGUCACCAUCCUUCGUCAUAUAGUAAAAAGUCAUAUUUCAAGUUGCUCCUAAGCUUCAGUAUUCCUUUGCUGAUAAAGCUGUCAAAUAGAUGAAUUUACUUCUGUAACUCUACCU